AUGCAUUUCAUUGUGGAGGAAAUAGAUGAAGACACGUCCAUGGAAGAACUACAGAAGAUGAUGCUGGUCGCCCUGGUCUACCGGAUACUAGUGUGUUUCUAUGAGAUUGUGUGUAUCUGGGGAGGGGGCGCCACUCCGGGGAAGUUUCUCAUUGGUCUCAGAGUGAUCAGCUGUGAUUCCUCGUCUGGUUCAACCAACCGGGUCCUCGUGGUGCCUGCCACUAACGUCACUCUCUCUGCAUCGACAGUCCGAGCCUUGAACAAAAACUUCUCCAUUGCCUUCUUGUUCCCAGCCUUCAUCACGGUCUUCUUCUUCCAACACAACAGGACUGUGUAUGACAUGGUGGCUGGCACUAUCGUUGUCAAGCGCACCGGAGCCAGAUGACCAUUCUG